UCCGGACGGACAUCAAUUACACCGGACGAAAUAUUUUACCGGAUUCGUGGGCGUUUUUCGGCGCGGUGUCCUGCUGCACACUGCGGGUGAGCAGGGCGGCGGCUGUGUGGAUCACCGGGCUCCGGCAGUGAUCACACACCUGAACCACACACACACUGCAGCGCCGCCACCUUGAACAUCCGUCAGACUGGGAGGAAGAGCAUUUUGUUUGAAUGGAAUCCUGGGAUAGCGUUAACUAAACUCCCCACUUCACGCAGGCGGCGGUGACUUGUCAGCGAGCCGCAUCGAAGCCGUUUGCUGCAGAUCACCGGGUUCCUCUCAGGACCUCAGGAGUUCUUAGGCCGGAGUCUGGACUGGAGCCGUGUGAGUUCUUUAGGAUCCGUGUGGACUGAAGGCUGCGAUCAUGCCGGCUGUGUCGAAAGGCGAUGGCAUGCGGGGACUGGCUGUGUUCAUUUCGGACAUCAGAAAUUGUAAGAGCAAGGAAGCUGAGAUCAAACGGAUCAAUAAAGAGCUGGCCAACAUUCGCUCCAAGUUCAAAGGAGACAAGGCUUUGGAUGGCUAUAGUAAGAAGAAGUAUGUCUGCAAGCUGCUCUUCAUUUUCCUGCUUGGCCAUGACAUUGACUUCGGUCACAUGGAGGCAGUCAACCUGCUGAGCUCCAACAAGUACACAGAGAAACAGAUUGUAAGUUGAU